UCCGCCCGCCGCUGGGGCUGCGGCGCCUCCCGGGGGCCGGUUCCCGCUGUCUCAGCCGCGGCGUUGACGGGACACUGCCGUGAGUGACUGCCCGGCCGCCGGCACCGGGAGCGCCGCUUCCAGCCCGGCCCACUGGCCGGGGACCUGGAACUGAGUCCGCCCUCCGCGCCCCUCGCCUCCGCUCCUCGCUCUUCGCCCCGGCGGGCUCCUGGCGGGCGAGCCGCGCUCCGGCCCUUCCCGGCGGCCCGGCAGCCGCAGCCCGCGCCCGGAGACAGAUGUGGGAAGAUAAAUGAAGGGGUCUAGAAACAAAAUAAAUGUCAGUGAAAAGGAAAGCUACCAUCAUUAAGGGCUGAAAACAGUGAAAUCACUUUUAAUAGUUAAAAGACUAUUAAGAAGACAAGAUGGGGACUCCUGGUUCUGGAAGGAAAAGGACACCCGUGAAAGACCGAUUUUCUGCAGAAGAUGAAGCUUUGAGUAACAUUGCCAGAGAGGCCGAGGCAAGGCUGGCAGCAAAACGGGCUGCCCGGGCAGAAGCAAGAGAUAUACGCAUGAGAGAACUGGAACGACAACAAAAAGAGCACUCUCAUCAUUCCUUUGAUCGGAAAUGGGGACAGAUUCAGAAGUGGCUGGAAGAUUCGGAAAGGGCCAGGUAUUCCCACCGGUCCAGUCAUCAUCGUCCUUAUCUGGGAGUUGAGGAUACAUGGUCCAUUCGAAGUCUUGGCAGUCACAGGAACUCGUCGAAGGACAUUACUGGGACAGAUUGGAGCAGAGCCAGUACACCCAAAAGGAAAGACAUCAUGUAUGAUGCUCUCAAGGAUAGAUCAUCAAGACUUUCAUCAUUAAAUCAUUCUUAUAGUCACUCUUACAGAAUGAAGAAGAGAUCUUCUGGUUCUCAUAAAGACCCACUGAGUGGCCUCUACUUUGACCAGAGAAACUAUAGCAGUCUUAGACACAGCAAACCCACCUCUGCCUACUACACUCGGUCUUCUUCCCUGUACAGUGACCCUCUGGCGACAUCUAAGAGUAACAGGGCCUCCCUUAUUGCAAAUUCUGGUCUGCUGAGAAGUGCCAGUCUGGUAUCAUUGUAUGAUGGUGGAUUAUAUAACCCUUAUGGUUCUCGAACUCCAUCUGAAUACAGUUAUUACUCAUCAAGAACAAAUUCAGCCCGAAGCAGUCCUGUGUUUACCGACGAUGACUGUGCAAGCAUUGCGUCCUCUGGUCGUGCCAGUCGUGGGCGAAGGGAGAGUGUGGUUUCUGCUGCCGAUUAUUUUAGUCGUUCCAAUCGUAGGGGGAGCAUUGUCUCUGAGGUGGAUGACGUCAGUAUCCCCGAUUUGACCAGUUUUGAUGAAAAAUCUGACAAACAGUAUGCUGAAAAUUACACAAGGCCUUCAUCUCGAAAUUCUGUCUCGGCAACGACCCCUUUAAGUGGAAACUCAUCCCGAAGAGGAAGCGGGGACACCAGCAGCUUAAUAGAUCCAGACGCGUCAUUAAGUGAAUUACGGGAGUCUUUGUCUGAAGUGGAAGAAAAAUACAAGAAAGCCAUGGUUUCCAAUGCACAGUUAGACAAUGAGAAGAACAAUUUGAUCUACCAGGUCGACACCCUCAAGGAUGUUAUUGAAGAACAGGAGGAACAGAUGGCUGAAUUUUAUAGAGAAAACGAAGAAAAAUCAAAGGAGUUAGAAAGGCAGAAACAUAUGUGUAGUGUGCUGCAGCAUAAGAUGGAUGAACUUAAAGAAGGCCUUCGACAGAGAGAUGAGCUUAUUGAGAAACAUGGCUUAGUUAUAAUCCCCGAUGGGACUCCCAAUGGUGAUGUCAAUCAUGAACCAGUGGUUGGAGCCAUCACUGUUGUGUCUCAGGAAGCUGCUCAGGUCUUGGAGUCAGCAGGAGAAGGGCCACUAGAUGUAAGGCUACGAAAACUUGCUGGAGAAAAGGAAGAGCUACUAUCACAGAUUAGAAAACUGAAGCUGCAGUUAGAGGAAGAGCGGCAGAAGUGCUCCAGGAGUGACGGCAUGGUGGGUGACCUGGAAGGAAUGCAGAAUGGCUCGGACUUGCAGUUCAUCGAAAUGCAGAGAGACGCCAAUAGACAAAUUAGUGAAUACAAAUUUAAGCUUUCAAAAGCAGAACAGGAUAUAACCACCUUGGAGCAAAGCAUUAGCCGGCUGGAGGGACAGGUGCUGAGAUAUAAAACUGCUGCUGAGAAUGCUGAGAAAGUUGAAGAUGAACUGAAAGCAGAAAAGAGGAAGCUACAACGAGAGUUACGAACAGCACUGGACAAGAUUGAGGAAAUGGAGAUGACCAACAGCCACCUGGCCAAGCGGCUGGAGAAGAUGAAGGCCAAUAGGACAGCGCUUCUGGCCCAGCAGUGAGGCCACCCUUCUACCUGAGGGUGCUCCUUGGGGCCCUGCCCAGUGGGACUGACUUUUUGUCCAUCGAUACAAACCCCUUUCAGUACUGUUUGAGUUAUGUCAUUAAAAUAGCCACCUUUGUAUUUUAUAAUUUAUGAGAGAAUGAAACAGGUUUGAAUCUUCAUGAAUGAACACUUUGUUCGUAGUUUGAUUCUAGACUAAGAACUGGUCCAUGCUGUUUUUUCUAUUUCCAUAAUUUUAGAAUCAAGUUUACUCACCAUUUUUCCCCAGCUGCCUCAGUGACUGGGCACUCGGAGGCCUUGGCACAGGUUCUGGAGAACAGCGAUUCUAUGCGUGCUCACUGAGAUAACUUGCUGGAGACCUCAGAAAACACAAGUGCCUUCUCCACGGUGCAAUUCAGACUUGAGUGAUCUCCAGUGGUCAAAAGACAUUUACCCUUAAUGUCAGAUAGCAUUUAUAUUUUAGUGAAGAAACAAAUUCACAGGUGGGGAAUAUCUGUUUCACUCAAAUUUAUAUGUUUGGAGGAAAAAGCCUUUUUUUGUAAAAUAUUUAAAUUUAUAUAAGAAAAUGUUAGAAAAAGAUAUGGGGAGUGUAUAUAAAACUUGCUUUAUUGCAUGAGGCAGGGCAAGUCCAAGGCCUAAUACUCUUAAAGUAAGAGUAGGGUCCUUAGUCUUCACAUCAGCUGUGCUGUAUCUUGUAAAGUAUUUCAUCUGCUGCUUAUUUGUGGAAUGAAACCUCAGACAAGCCCGAGGGGGGAGGGAAGGGCAGGGCAGGCAGGUGGGAAGUCUGCCUGAAGAGUCUAUUAAACACGCCCUUUUGCUGACCACAAUUGGCUACUGACAUAUUCAUUUGGUUAGAGGAGCCUUUAAAACAGAUCAUGGCAACCACGCCCCUCCUAUCUUGCCCCUCUUUUCUCUGCUUCUUAAGGAAAAAUAAUCUGGAAUAAAUGGAGAACUUUUUCCUUUAAGAACUUUAGUUUCAUCUUUAAAGGUACCCAGAGGUUUUUAAUCAUUGAGUAUAGCUACUUUGCAGGAUUUGUGACUUGCUUCUGCUCUCAGAAUCAAAGUGGUUUUAUGGAAAUGAUUAUUGUAUCUUCAAUGUGUUUACACAGAACAAAUAUCGGGGAAAGUCUAAUGAAUCAAGGGCACAAGAUAAAAUUAGACUUGAAA